AUGAGCGAACCAAUAACAGCACUUCGAACUCCUCAAAUCGAUGCAAAUUAUCUCGAUGAAGAUUUUCAUGGUUACAAUUGGGAUAUGUUUUCGUCACUUUUUCGAAUUUAUUAUUCACAUUUAAUUCAUUCAUUUAAACAUGAAUUUCAAUUAUUUCUUCGUGUACUAACAUCAUACAAUACAAUUCUUUCGUCGCGUUUUUCAGCAACCAUUGGUCAACAACUUUUAGAACUAAAAUAUUCGUCAUCACCAUUGACUCGUUACCAAAAAUGCCUUUAUUUGUUAUCAUUUUUUUUCUCUUACAUCUACGAAAAAUUUUUAGUUGAUUAUCGACGACUAUUACCAUUUCAAUUUAUUUACAAAGCAAUUUCGCUUAUGAAUUUUCUAGUCUUUCUUCAUGGCGGUAAAUAUGUAAAUCUAUUCGAACGAAUAGCUGGUGUGAAAACAAUUCAUAAUCAUCGGCCAUCACUUCGGAUACUUGAUUAUUCAUAUAUGAAACGCGAAUUAAUUUGGCAUACACUCAAUGAAACAUUAGGUACGCUAAUCCCAUUUCUAACAUCAUUAAAAGCACGUACAUUAAUGAGAAAAUAUUUAUCUGGAACCGUAAUGAAACGUCUUGAACAAACAAAUAUUUGUUCUGUAUGUGAACAAUCGAUUGUCAUGCCACAUGAAUCCAUUGGCGAUUGUAAACAUUAUUUUUGCUAUGUAUGCGCUUAUAGUUUAAUACAACAGUCAUGUCCAAUUUGUUUUAAAACGCUUCAUAAUAUUAAGCCAAAAGAAUUUUCUUCUGAAUAA